UUCGUUUUCACAGUACGCACAGAAGACAACUACUCAAAAGUGUCUUUCAAAGUUUCAUGUAGACUUAAAAAUUCAACGUGGUGAGGUAGCAGCAGGCUACACGAGACGCAAUCACGGUUGCGUCAUCAAAGUACAUUUAUCCGUGGUUGCAUAAAGUGAUUUGCUUUGGAACCGAGGCUACUCUGUACAGUUUUGUACAAUCUGGCAAAAACAUAAUCGGUAACUAACGUAAACUCGGUUCGCUGAGAUACGAAGUAUAGAUAGGGAACGAGUAUGGGCAGUUUCAUAUUUUAUGGAAGAACGGAUGGCAAACAUUGAGAAGUUGUGGAUAUAAACGGAAAGAAGAACCUUGAACACCGCGCGUUCUGUCCUAUGGCUUGAAGUUUCAGGCAUCUUCCCUGGCCGCACAGCUCAUGGAUUUCCUCACGGAGUAUCCCUACAAUGACACUUAUUAUGACAAUGGGACCGGGACCCUCAACAGCACGAGCUGUGAGGCCAAGCAUCCGUAUAACUACUAUGCCAUGCUCCUGACUCUCCUCAUCUUUGUCAUCGUGUUUGGCAAUGUGCUGGUCUGUAUUGCAGUGUCCCGGGAGAAAGCGCUGCAGACCACCACUAAUUACCUCAUUGUCAGCCUGGCAGUGGCGGAUCUUCUCGUGGCCACAUUAGUCAUGCCCUGGGUAGUAUAUCUUGAGGUGGUGGGAGAGUGGCGCUUCAGUAAAAUCCAUUGUGACGUCUUUGUCACUUUGGAUGUCAUGAUGUGCACAGCCAGUAUUCUCAAUCUGUGUGCUAUUAGUAUCGACAGGUACACAGCUGUUGCCAUGCCGAUGUUGUACAACACACGCUACAGUUCCAAGAGAAGAGUCACUGUAAUGAUCUCCGUGGUGUGGGUGCUUUCUUUCGCAAUUUCCUGCCCCCUGCUGUUUGGGUUAAAUAACACAGCUACGCGUGACGGCACCGUGUGCGAGAUCGCCAACCCCGCCUUUGUCGUAUACUCCUCCAUCAUGUCUUUCUACGUGCCCUUCAUCAUCACGCUCCUCGUGUAUGUACAGAUCUACGUUUUCCUCCGGAAGCGUCGUAAACGGGUCAACACUAAACGUAGCAGCCAGAAGCCGGACGCUAACGCUCAUCCCCCUCUCAAGGAAAAAUGCACUCAUCCUGAAGAUGUGAAACUGUGCACUGUCAUCAUAAAGACCAAUGGGGGGUUGCCUGCCAAAAACAAGAAAGCACAAGUUCUAAAGGAGGUAUUGCAGCAGGGCGGUGAUGUGGGGGUGGACACUGUGAAAAGCUCCAGUCCUCCAGAGAAAACGAAGCUGCAGUCCACUUUGGUCAUUGAUCUGCUGGCCAACCCGAGCCCAAGCCAUGCCUCGCCCUCACACGGUGAAUGUCAGCCAUAUGGAAAUGAGAAAAAUGGGCAUGCAAAGGAGUCCCCUAAAGAAGCCAAACCGGUUGAAACCGAGGCACUGCCCAAUGGCAAAACGAGAACCAUGGUGACACCCAAAACUAUGAGCAAGAGGAAGAUCUCCCAGCAUAAGGAAAAGAAGGCCACUCAGAUGUUGGCUAUCGUUUUAGGUGUUUUCAUUAUUUGCUGGCUGCCGUUUUUUACUACUCACAUUUUGAAGACUCACUGCACAAGCUGCGUGGUGCCGCUGGAGAUGUACAAUGCCUUCACUUGGCUGGGAUACGUGAACAGCGCAGUCAACCCCAUCAUAUAUACCACUUUCAAUGUGGAGUUCAGAAAAGCUUUCAUAAAGAUAUUGCACUGCUGAGGAUAUCAUUCACUUCACGAGUAGAGGAGAGGAGAUGGCAGGUAUCCAUUCAGAGGAGGUUAGUGCCAUCAUUCAGCCAAGUGUGAAAUGAAGGACUCACAAAGACAGAAGAACUUAUUACAGAAAAUGGAGCUUUCAGUGCUGGUUCAAAUGAAUGUAAAGUAGAGAUUUAUUCGUGUGAUUCCAUCAUUUAAGUCUCCAAAACCCCUCAAGCAAGGUUGGGAGGAUGAAUGCGUGUGUGUAUUCUCUUUGGAUUUGCAGUGUGGAUUUGCUAAACUGCAGAAAUAAAGAAUUGGUGCAAAUUUGAGCAUAUUGAAAAUUGGACCUUGCCACAGAGACUUGAAGCGUUUAUGCAACAAGUUUCCUGAAUGUCAUAUUUACAUCAUUUCAAUGUAAAGAUAUACAUAAUGUUCAGAAAGCUCAGUAUUUAUUUAUAGAUAAUAGUCUAUUUAUUUCUUUGAGAACAUAUGAAGGCAGAACUGCAGUAUACAAAUGGAAAUAUAAAUUAAGAAAUAUUAUUUAUGAUUUUAUAAGGGAAACAAUGAGUGAAUGCCUAUGCCAACUAUGAAGGACAAUGUAAAUAAGAAUAAGCUCAAGACUUUUAAUGAAGCCCAUGACAAAAAUGAUCAUGCAUGGUACAUCAAAUUAAACCGCAGCCAAUGUAUGUCUUCUGUACUGUUGUGUACAUCAAGAAUACACAAAAUUAUCUGCGCUUUAUUUGAAAAUGUUUCUCUGUCUAAUGCUCUAGUAUGUUCACUGAAAUAGGUGUUUGAUUUGAUAUGUGACAGUUCAUUUUU